CACACACAGUGCCUCGCGAUAUGCGCCGAUGGAUCUAGCCAGCGAGAGAACUCUCCUCCAUUCGACAGCAUGCGAUGCAACCUUCGGUGACUGACCGAGGCGCUACCUCUUCCCAAUCUUCAUGGCUCUUUGUGCCAAGAAGGUGGCUCGCAGGAGUCCGGAGAAGAUUGUUCUGAGAAAGUAUCAGUGCAUUGUAGUGAGAGUAAAUAUGUUUUUGUUAGUAGUUCUGAGGCGUGCAAUAUGUCAUGAG